UAAUAAUGUAUGCAGCUGUAGACGUGACUACACAUGGAGCCCAGAAAUCUGUGAUGCAUAUUAUAACUGCUCCAGCAGAACAGAGGGAGGAAGUUGUCAAUGUGUCAAACAAAUGCCUGCAAAAGAGACAUGUGGACCCAUCCCAAAAACAGUUCCUACUGUAACAGCAUCUUCUACUACAACAGGUGAAACCACAACCUCAGAUUCAUUAACAAUAAAUACAAGCAUGGCCACAGCACUAAAUGGCACAACAAAUGCGUCAAAUGGAUCAAUACAAACACAUACAGUGAUGACAGGCCCAAGAGUAACAACGACAUCUAUAAUGCCUUCUAUUGUAAAUGCAUCUUCUGAUGUAAUACGUGAAACCACAGCUUCAAGUUCACUGUCAACAGCAAUGACACCACUUCCUUUAUCAUCAACGGUGACUUCACAGGCAAUGACAAUUGCAUCAGAUAGUACUACAGGUGCUGAAAUGAUUUCAAAUCCAACAUUAAAAUCAGAUGAAACAAGUUCAGCAAUAACACAAGGUGAAACCACAACCUCAGAUUCAUUAACAAUAAAUACAAGCAUGGCUACAGCACUAAAUGGCACAACAAAUGCGUCAAAUGGAUCAAUACAAACACAUACAGUGAUGACAGGCCCAAGAGUAACAACGACAUCUAUAAUGCCUUCUAUUGUAUAUGCAUCUUCUGAUGUAAUACGUGAAACCACAGCUUCAAGUUCACUGUCCACAGCAAUGACACCACUUCCUUUAUCAUCAACGGUGACUUCACAGGCAAUGACAAUUGCAUCAGAUAGUACUACAGGUGCUGAAAUGAUUUCAAAUCCAACAUUAAAAUCAGAUGAAACAAGUUCAGCAAUAACACAAGGUGAAACCACAACCUCAGAUUCAUUAACAAUAAAUACAAGCAUGGCUACAGCACUAAAUGGCACAACAAAUGCGUCAAAUGGAUCAAUACAAACACAUACAGUGAUGACAGGCCCAAGAGUAACAACAACAUCUAUAAUGCCUUCUAUUGUAAAUGCAUCUUCUGAUGUAAUACGUGAAACCACAGCUUCAAGUUCACUGUCCACAGCAAUGACACCACUUCCUUUAUCAUCAACGGUGACUUCACAGGCAAUGACAAUUGCAUCAGAUAGUACUACAGGUGCUGAAAUGAUUUCAAAUCCAACAUUAAAAUCAGAUGAAACAAGUUCAGCAAUAACACAAGUUUUCAUAAUUCCAAUGCAGUUCAGCCUUAAUAAGACCUUUAUGAAAGCCCUGUCAAAUACUUCAUCAGAGGACUAUCAACAGUACCACACUAACAUUAGCAAAGUGCUAAAUGAAACUUAUACACGCUUUUUACCUGGAUUUCAAUGGGCUAGCAUAAAAGCAUUCGGGCCAGGAAGUAUAAUAGUGUCAUAUGAUGUUGGCUCUUCAAAUGAAGAUUUUACUCUGAAAAAUUUACAAAAUGCUAAACACAACAUCAUCGAAAGUCUACAACACUUGAAUGUAAAUAAUUCUUCAUUUGUAACAUAUUUUGGUAAGAAAUUUAUGCAUUUUUCAAAGUGGCACCAAAGAGCUGCUACUACAGUUGUUGGAAGUCCGAUGGAGGACAGUGCAGCAGAGCUGGAGAGUGAAGCAUGA